AGCAAUCUGAACGUCAAUUAUUAAUUUAAAUGUUUUCUUAAAACUAUCUAAAAUCGCACAUUUUCAAAUGAUUCAGCGUUUGCCCACUAGAUGGUGGCAUUGUACUACAAUAGGUCUACCCAGCAGUAGAGCAGUUUUCAGAAUGUAGUUUGGUCUCUAGCGGUUAUACUGAAAGUAAAGGUUACAACACACACCAUUUUAGAGGGCGCACAGUUCGAUACUCCUGUUCCAAUUGUUUCCAAAGAUUGAGAAGUUGAAAACAUGAACACGGGGCCUAGUUCACAUCGCUUCGACAGAUGAUUUAUGCGAUCAGGUUUUCUGAGUGAGAUCUGCCUGAGCAGUCCAGAGUCUAAAUCAGACAUUAGACUGGAUGGAGCCUGAGGGAGAUCCUGGAGUCCUGAGCAGGAGGUGAGUCAGAGAGAGAGAGGCUGUCUGAGGGAGAUCCUGGAGUCCUGAGCAGGAGAGCCCAGCGGGAGAUAAUGGAGUCUCCUGCUCCCAGCUGUCUCUCUAUGAAUAGUGCCAGGUCAAUGGAGCCACCCUUUGACUUUAAAAGAGAACCCUUGACCCCUGAUCUGAGUCUGCUGACUGAGGAUCUGUUCAGAUGCUCUGUGUGUUCAGAGGUGCUGAGGGACCCGGUCUCCAUUCCCUGUGGACACAGUUACUGCAGGCAGUGCAUCAGCACAUACUGGGUCCAGCCCGGCCCUGCAGGAGACUAUGUGUGUCUCCAGUGCAGUAAGAGAUCCAGAGUCCGACCUGUGCUCUGCACUAACCCAGCCUUGGCCAGGUUGCUCCAGGGGCUCCAGCAGGCAGGCUUCAGUCCUGCCCUCCCUGCUCUGGGCUACGCUGUUCCUGGGGACGUGGCCUGUGAUAUCUGCUCUGGACAGAAGCUCAGAGCGGUGAAGUACUGUCUGACCUGUACUGUCUCCUACUGUGAGAGCCACGUCAGACAGCACUACACUGUCCCAGCACUGCAGAGACACGCCCUGGCUGAGGUCACUGGAGACUGGGGACACGAAGGUCACCAAGGCAAUGCUGGACAGACAGAGAGGAUCAAAGAGGAGGAGACUAUGGAGACUGAGGAGGAGGAGAGAGAGAGUGUCUCUAAAAAGAUGACGGAUGUUAAAGAGGAGGAAGAAGAUUCUGUUGAGGGACUCUCUGAUCUGAAGAAGAACCCUAAAACUAAAACUCGUAUCUCUGAAGUGAAGAAUCUCUCUAAGUUCUACUCAGACUUGAAGCAGGAGAACUCUGAGCUUAAACAUGUUGUUCGUGAACUCAGUAAAAAGAAUGCUGUGUUACAACAAGAGGCAACAUUUGAGAAAGAACUGGUGGACAUCAGAACUGCUGCUCUGAAUAAGAUCACAGCUAAUCUCAUCUCAGACCCACAGCAACAGAGAGAGGCUGAGUAUGUGAGAAGAAACCUGAAGAAUAUGAUCAUGGACUAUGUGGAUGUGACUCUAGAUCCUGAUACAGCACAUCUCCAACUCAUCCUGUCUGAAGACAGGAAACAAGUUAUAUUUGGAGAUGUAUGGCAGGAUCUCCCUGACAACCCAGAGAGGUUUGAUAUCUCAGUCUGUGUCCUGGGAAAGGAGGGUUUCUCCUCAGGGAGAUUCUACUAUGAGGUUCAGGUGAAGGGGAAGACUGGCUGGUCUUUAGGAGUGGCCACGAAGUCCAUCAACAUGAAGGAGACGAUUUACCUGAAUCCUGAGGAUGGAUACUGGACUGUGAUGCUGAGGAAUGGACAGUACUGGGCUGGCGCUGUCCCCACUGUCCCCAUCUUCCUUAGAGAGGAGCUCCAGAAGGUGGGGGUGUUUGUGGAUUAUAAGGAGGGUCAGGUCUCAUUCUACAAUGUGGAGGCCAGGUCUCAUAUCCACUCAUACACUGGCUACACAUUCACUGAGAAACUCUAUCCAUUCUUCAGCCCUGGUAAUAAUUACAGUGGUAAAAACUCAACCCCACUGGUCAUCACUCCUGUAGAUGUCACUGACUGACUGGUUUAUACCAAACAUUGAAAUACUGUUAACUGCUAAUGUAAUAGCGACCAGGUAAUGUAAUAAUUAAUUGUAAUGUAAUACAUAUUACAUAAAUCAGCAGAUAAUGUAUUGACAUUUUACAUUUAUAAUACAAUAACUUUUUCUGAUAAUGUAAUCAUUCAAUUACAGUUAUUAAUGCAGAACUAAGUUAUUUUGUGGAUAAGGUUAUCAUUUCAUGUGUUAACAUAGUAAAUCACAGUCUCAUAAUGUAAUCCAAUAAGACCUACCUGUCCAUCUAUCUCUGUGGAACAUAUCAUCUUAGUGGACGAGAUCCACAUUCUUCUUCCUGAUGUAACAUGACAUUGGGAAGAAUGAAAACAGUUCACUAAAUACCACAGGAAGCCCAGGUCUGUAUGCACUGUCAUAUGUUCAGUAAACCCCUGGAAUUACAUUAUUACAUGGCUUACUAUAAUAAUUAAAUACUGUCCUGCAUGAUUAUGUAUCUUACUAUAUUUUUGUUGAAUACUUUUUUUGCUGUUGAACUAGAAGGAGAGCUUGCAAGAAAUCCUUUCAUCGCCCUGUGUACUACGCUGUAUCCUGUGAAUAUGACAGUAAACGUUGAUUUGAAAUGAGCAGUCAGUUCAGCAUCAGUAAUGUAGGUAACUGGCAAAAUGAAAGAAUCACCAACAGAAAGAGAUUUAAUAGGGCGUUGGGCACCACGAGCCAGAACAGCUUCAAUGUGUCUUGGCAUGGAUUCUACAAGUGUCUGGAACUCUAUUGGAGGGAUGCGACAUCAUUCUUCCACAAGAAAUUCCAUCAUUUUAUGUUUUAUUGAUGGUGAUGAAAAACGCUGUCUCAGGUGCCGCUCCAGAAUCUCCCAUAAGUGUUCAGUUGGGUUGAGAUCUGGUGACUGAGACGGCCGUGGCAUAUGGUUUACAUCGUUUUCAUGCUGACCAAACCAUUCAGUGACCAAACCAUUCAGUGACCAAACCAUUCAGUGACCAAACCAUUCAGUGACCAAACCAUUCACUGACCACUCGUGCUCUGUGGAUGGGGGCAUUGUCAUCCUCUGGGUCAUAGCGAUGGUAGCCAAAAUAAUGUCCUGCCCAGCAUUUUUAUACAUGACCCUAAGCAUGAUGGGCUGUUAAUUGCUUAAUUAACUCAGGAACCUCACCUGUGUGGAAGCACCUGCUUUCAAUAUUCUUUGUAUCCCACAUUUACUCAAGUGUUUCCAUUAUUUUGGCAGUUACCUGCAGUGCUUGACUUGGGCAGGAGUUCACCUGAGCUGAGUACCGGCACCUCAAAUGUUCUACCUGAGCUCCUGUACCUCUUAUAGAAUAUUAGCUCCAAAGUAUUGUGGAGUUCCUGCACCUAAAUAUAAACAGUACCGGCACCAAAAAUGAGUACCGACACCUAUUUCAGUCCAAAUCGAGCACUAGUUAGUUACCUGUAGUUUUCAGACAAUCGACCAUCAGCAGUAGUGAAGGAAGGUUUUCUAUGUCAAUGUACAGCCACAAGAUGGCGGUGUUUCCCUACAGUCCAUUAAGUGCAAUAAUGUGCUUACUGCUCACCGGAGCAACAUUGUAGCAAUGUUGUUAUAAAGCUUUGAGAAUACAGAUGAGGAUAACAUAUCACAUCCUCAAGUCAACCUUCAAUUAAAACCCUUAUUGGAAGAGUGUUUUCCAAGCAAGAUUUAAGAGAUUGCCAUUUGGUUUCUGCACACACACACACACACCUAGAACCAGUUGGGUUCAUGCUGGGCUUAGCAGAGUGGGCUGUUAGCAUCAUUGAUUAGCCACCUAGAGUUUUCUUAUCUUAGAAUCAUCACAUCGCAUCGAUCUCCAGCCUCCCGAGAGAGAUCAGACUUCACUCAGAUAGACACUGUUAAUGUGACUGAGGAACUGCUGGGUAGAGGUGGAUGGAAUCUGAGGGGAGGGUUACCUACUCAACCACCACAUUCAUAGUGUGCUGUCUAAAGGAGGAUGUAUUAUAUUGGAGAGAGAGGUCUGGUUUUGAUGUUGAUAUUUACACUUGUAAAUUGAAUAUGCCUUUCCUAAUAAAGUUGUUUUGAAUUUAA